CUCUCCUUCCAUAGCUGGUGAAGAUUGAAAGUAAACGAGUCUUCCUUUUCUUCUUUGUUCCCUGUUUCAUCCUCUCAAAAUUUGUCUGCAUGAAAAAUCAACAACCAUUCUUGAAACCUUCUGUUCGCGCAAGUUUUUCUGGGUUCUGCUCCUCACUUUUUCAAAAUUACUUGAAGGGUAUAAUAGUAAUUUGGGGAUACUAGAAUACAUGAGAGUAUCUGAGGGUUUAUUCCAGGGUUUUAGUUUAGCUGUUCCAGCUUAAGUAGCUCCGAUUCUGUAGGCAACCAGCAAAUCCAAACAGAGCCGUCCUUAUACUGCAAGUACACAUUUUUUUCGGCGAUUUUGAAUUCUGGGUUUCCGUCAAUUCAGCAACUUUUCUCGCUUGGUGGCAAGUUUGAAUUCUGGGUUGCCGCCAAUUAAACAAUUUCUCCCGUAUGGUUUAAGUCAAUCCCCCUCUGUAGGCAACCAGCAAAUCCAAACACAGAUGUUCUGAUAGUGCAAGUAUGCAUUUUUGGCAAUUUUGAUUCUGGGUUUCCUUAGAUUAAGCAAAUUUUCUCGUAUGUAUGACUGUUUCUUUGUCGUCCUCCAUGUACUUCAUGUCGGAAUAGCCUGUGAUUCUUAUAUCUCUCUGCUUAUUUUUCUACUUUCCAUGUGGGUGUCUGCGUUUAAGAUUGUUUCCCGUAGAAAAUUGGUUAAGCAUGUUCGGAUAAUACGAUUCUACUCGGUCUCAGCUAUUGCUCAGUUGGACUUUAAAGGCCCCGCUUUAUCAGAUUCUGUUGCAGAAGUAAAAACUUGGAAUACCCAAAGCAGAAGCUGCUUGGAAAACAUUCUUGGUGAAGUAGAUACAGUAAGAGUUGUUGAAGCCUUGAAGAAUCUGAGAAAAGAACCAACUCUUGCUUUAUCAUUUUUUUACCAGUUGAAACAAUGUGGGUUUAGCCAUGAUGUUUAUACAUAUGCAGCCAUGGUUAAAGUGCUAUGUUAUUGGGGUUUGGAUAGAAAGUUGGAUGGGAUAUUAGUGGAGCUCAUUAAGGAAGGGGACCACAAUCGGGGUUUUCAGAUGAUGGACUUGGUUGAAAUCGUCAAAGAGGGGCUUGAAGAUGAAGGGUCAAAUCUGCCUGCUCGUCUGUCUGAUGCCUUGGUUAAAGCUUAUGCCAGUCUUGAAAAGUUUGAUGAGGCCAUUGAUACUCUUUUUAAAGCUAAAACGGGUAGAUUUGUUUCACAUAUAUUGUCCUGCAAUUUUCUUAUGAAUCGCUUGAUUGAGUCUGGAAAAAUGGAUGCAGCUGUUGCUAUUUACCGGCAGUUGAAAAGGCUUGGCUUGCGGCCUAAUGACUAUACAUACACAAUUGUGAUUAAGGCACUUUGCAAAAAGGGUAAUUUGGACGAAGUAGUUGAUGUGUUCCAAGAGAUGGAUGAAGCUGGUGUCACCCCCAAUUCAUUUGCUUACACAACUUACAUUGAAGGGCUUUGCAUAAAUAGAAGGUCAGAUUUAGGUUUAGAGGUGCUCCAAGGACUGCGAGAUGCAAAGUUCCCUCUCGGUCUCUUUGCCUAUGCUGCUGUUAUUCGAGGUUUUUGCAAUGAGAUGAAGUUGAAGGAAGCUGAAAGUGUGUUUUUUGAAAUGGAAAAAUAUGGGGUUGAUCCUGAUGAGUAUGUCUAUCAUGCCUUAAUUUGUGGGUAUUGCAAGUCUGGGAAUGUAAUUAAAGCUUUUGCCCUUGUUAAUGAAAUGGUAACAAAAGGUCUUAAAAUGAAUGGCAUGAUUGUUAGCUCAAUCCUUCAAUGCUUUUGUCAGAUGGGCAUGUCUUCUGAGGUUCUAAAUCGGUUUAAGGAGUUCAGGGACUUGGGAGUUUUCCUUGAUGAGGUUUGUUACAAUGUAGCUGUCAACGCCUUGUGCAAGAUUGGUAAAGUGGAAGAAGCUGUGGCAUUGCUUAACGAGAUGCCCAUGAAAAAGAUUGUCCCUGAUGUUGUCAACUACACAACCUUGAUUCAUGGCUACUGUCUUCAAGGUAAAGUUGUUGAUGCUUUUAAUUUGGUAGAGGAAAUGAAGGAGAAGGGCCAUAAGCCUGAUAUUAUAACUUAUAAUAUACUUGCUGGAGGGUUAGCUAGGAAUGGCCUCAAACAAGAAGCCAUUGAUCUUUUAGAUUAUAUGGAGGCACAGGGUUUGAAACCCACUAUUGUUACUUACAACAUGAUCAUCGAAGGCUUAUGCAUAGGAGGCAAAGUUAAGGAAGCUGAAGCUUUUCUAGAUAGUUUGCAAGAGAAGUCUCUAGAAAACUAUGUUGCUAUGGUUAAUGGUUAUUGCAAAGCUUCCCUUACAAACCAGGCCUUUGAACUCUUUAUUAGGCUGUCUAAGCAAGGUUUUAUUGUGAAUAGAGGUUCCUGUUUAAAAUUACUCACUGAACUUUGUAAGGAAGGUGAUAUCGACAAGGCUCUCUAUCUGCUGGAGAUAAUGUUGGCUUUGGAUGUUGAACCUAACAAAAUUAUAUACAGUAAGCUCAUAGGUGCUCUUUGUCAGGCUGGGGAUGUGAGAAAGGCCCAGUUAUUAUUUGAUUCUAUGGUUAUGAAAGGACUAAUUCCUGAUUUAAUUACAUAUACAACCAUGAUAAGCAGUUAUUGUAGGGUGAAUUGUUUGCAGACGGCCUGUGAUCUUUUCAAUGACAUGAAGCAGAGGGGAAUUAAACCUGAUAUUAUCACAUAUACAGUUUUACUUGACAGUCAUUUGAAAAUAGAUUUGAGAAAGUCUCAUCAAAAGUUGGAUGCUAUAUACAGCAAUGAAGGGAUAACUAAUUCAUCUACCAUUUGGCGGGAAAUGAAGGUCAUGGAUGUAAAACCUGAUGUUGUUUGUUACACUGUUUUGAUUGACAGGCACUGUAAGACAAACAAUCUUCAGGAUGCAAUAAGACUGUUUGAUCAGAUGAUUGAAAGCGGUUUAGAACCUGAUACUGUGACAUACACAGCUCUUGUAUCUGGAUAUUGUAGGGUAGGACAUGUAGAGAAGGCUGAAACACUUGUUGAUGAAAUGAUAACGAAAGGGAUACAUCCAAAUGUGCGUACAAUGUUGACAUUACACCAUGGUAUUUUGAAGGCCAAGAGAGUGCAGUGUCAGCCUUAAGCCUAUGACUCUAUAAGGUGUUUCAUGGUGUACCUAACCAUGUUGCUCUCCUGAGUAAUUUCUGUCGGUGUUUAGAUAAACCCUUCACCAUAUCACACUGAAGCAACCACUGAUGUUACAGGCCCAAA